AUGGGUUUCGAGGCAAUUUCAGGGAGGGGAGAAGAGGCAAGGGCAAGAUACAUUGGCCUGGUGGGUUUGAUGGUGGAAAGUGCAUUCAGCUACCUCUUCUCCCCAGCAAACAUGGCUGCUACCCCUACAGCAACUAGUUUUCGUUCUUCACCCUCAGAGGCUCCUGGUAGUUCCGCUGGAGGGGCCUCUUCCGUUACGGCUUUGGUCUCCAUGGACAGCAAGCACGUUGUGUACCGCCACUACAAAUGUACGGCUGGCGUUGGCGAGAACGGCACCAAGGUGUGUGCCUGCUGCAACUUCAAGUUCGUAGGCGGAGUUUACCGCUGCGCGCAGCAUAUCACCAGCUGGAACGGCAUGCGCCAUCGCGAAGUGCAUCUCUGCACUGCAGCGCCGAAGAUAGCACAUGACGCUGUGAAGGCGCAUUACGAGUCCAAGUUGAAGGCCCGUGAAGCGAAGCGUGCGGCUGAAAUUGCGGCGGUCGACACAGUCAACGACGGUUCAGACAAGAAGAAGAGUCGAAUGACCGACUUCUAUGGCGAUGACGCCGCGUGCGCGAACCAGGCCGCAGACGAGGCCAGAAGCCUCUUCUUCGCCGCUCUUCAUGUGCCGGAGCAUCACGCGGACCACUCACUGUGGCGGAAUGUAGUCUCCAGCAUCAAGCGCGCGGGGCUGAAUUACAUCGCGCCGAAGAGACGCUACAUCGGUGGAGCCGGUCUUGCAAAGUGUCGCCAGCGCAUUGAGGCGGCUCUCGCUCCAAACUCAGCAAGCUGGCGCCGUGACGGUGUCACCGUGGCAAGCGACAUGUUCUUUGACAAGACCGGCCGCCUGCAAGCCAAUGUCCUCCUCAUCAACGAUAGCGGAGCGGUGUUCGUGAAGUCGAUUGACACCAAGAUGGAGAUGAAGAUCGGCGGCUACAUCGCGAGCAUCUUACGCCCCGUCAUCGAAAAGGUUGGCCCUGAGAAUGUUGUGGCCUUGUGUUUUGACGGCAGGUCCAAUUACGCGGCGGCCUGCAGGGAGUUGAUGACGGAGUAUCACCACAUCGAACACAUCCCGUGCGCGACCCAUGUCCUGGAUCUCCUGAUGGAGGACAUCGGGAAAAUGGGAUGGGCGAAGGACGUCGUCACGCGCGGGGACACCCUCAUCUCGUUCGUCCGCAACCAUCACUUUACCCUCGGAUACAUGCGGAGCAAGCUAGUGAACGGCGGCAAGGGGAGGCAGGUUCUCAAGCCCGCGGGAACCCGAUUCGGCACCAACUACAUCGCCAUCAACCGCCUCUGUGAAGUGCGCGCCGGCCUGAUGCAGAUGGUCCUCAGCGAUGAGUCGCGCAACUGGCCAACGACACCAAAGAGGGUAGGGGCAGAUACCUUCAAAGUCAACAUCCUUGAUGACACGUGGUGGACGCGCGCCGAGUUCUUUGCGAAGCUGAUGAAGCUGCCGUUCGUCGUCAUGCGCAAGACGGACUCGGAUGCGAAGGGUAUGAUGGGUCAUCUCUACGACCUCAUGCUCUAG